GUUCACUUUGCCCUAUAGCGUUAAGGGCUGAACUGGGAGGGACUGGAAGCCCAGAGGAGUCCUGGCGUGUGGCCGACCGAUCGUGAAGGGCACUGAGGGUCAUGCCGAGAUGAGACUCUCAUAAGUGCCCCCAAAGCCAGAUGUCACUGCUUGGAAGGGACUUCCACAGCUCCUUGGAUGAUGGGUCCAAGUCACUUUUGGAGAGGAACAGCAAUGUCACUGCAGAGAACGUCCAUCCUGCUGAGGAAGCCAGUGGCUUAUCGAGAAUGCAAACUUUGAUCCAUUUACUGAAAUGCAACAUUGGCACAGGACUCCUGGGGCUUCCCCUGGCCAUGAAAAAUGCCGGCUUAUUGGUGGGUCCCAUCAGCCUGCUGGGCAUUGGGGUCCUCACCGUGCACUGCAUGGUCAUCCUGUUGAACUGCGCCCAUCACCUCAGUCAGAGAUGGCAAAAGACUUUUGUGAACUAUGGAGAGGCCAUGAUGUACAGCCUAGAAACCUGCCCAAACGCCUGGCUGAGGACCCACUCGGCGUGGGGCAGGUACACUGUCAGCUUCUUACUAAUCACCACCCAACUGGGAUUCUGCAGUGUUUAUUUUAUGUUUAUGGCAGACAAUUUACAACAGAUGGUUGAAGAAGCCCACAUGACGUCCAACAACUGCCAACCCAGGAAGUUCCUGGUGCUGGCCCCGAUCCUGGACAUCCGCUUCUACAUGCUGACAAUCCUGCCCUUCCUGAUGCUGUUGGUGUUUAUCCAGAACCUCAAGCUGCUUUCCAUCUUCUCAUCGCUGGCCAACAUCACCACGCUGGGGAGCAUGGCUCUGAUCUUUGAGUAUAUCGUUCAGGAGAUUCCAGAUCCCAGCAACCUCCCGUUGAUGGCAAGCUGGAAGACCUUCCUGCUGUUCUUUGGUACAGCCAUCUUCACAUUUGAAGGUGUUGGUAUGGUCUUGCCUCUCAAAAAUCAGAUGAGGGAUCCACAGCAGUUUCCUUUUGUUCUGUACUUGGGGAUGUCCCUUGUCAUCACCCUCUACAUCUGCCUGGGGACACUGGGCUACAUGAAGUUUGGGUCAAGCACCCAAGCCAGCAUCACCCUCAACUUGCCCAACUGCUGGCCAUAUCAGUCGGUCAAGCUGCUCUACUCCAUUGGCAUCUUCUUCACCUACGCCCUCCAGUUCCACGUCCCGGCCGACAUCAUCCUCCCCUUCGCCGUCUCCCAGGUGUCAGAGAGGUGGACGCUGUUUGUAGACCUGUCUGUCCGCAUAGCCUUGGUCUGUCUGACCUGUGUCUCAGCCAUCCUCAUCCCCCGCCUGGACGUGGUCAUCUCCUUUGUGGGCUCUGUGAGCAGCAGCGCCCUGGCCCUCAUCAUCCCGCCCCUCCUGGAGCUCAUCACCUUUUAUCCUGAAGACAUGAGCUGUGUCACCAUUGCAAAGGACAUCAUGAUCAGCAUCCUGGGCCUUUUGGGGUGUGUAUUCGGGACAUACCAAGCCCUCUAUGAGUUGAUCCAACCCAUCAGCCAUUCCGUAGCCAACGCCACAGGAGAAAUGGACCUGACACAAGUCAGUACUCAUAUCCCUCAGGGUAUGCCUUUUUUGGUUUGGGAUUGCUUCGGAGGUCUUUUGUACCUAUGAACCAAACCCUCAUCCGACCGUUUGUACCAUCAGCCUCAUUUACUGGGAAAAGGAAUGCCAUUCACUCAUGACAUUCUUGGAAUCAGACAAAGCAUAGAUGGAAACACAAAAGCAAUUGUUUUCUCUAAUCUGCAGUUGCUGCCCUUAAGGCAUAAGAUUUAGAAGAGUGGAUAUUGGGGGAAGGGGGAUUUUCUAUUCACAUAUUCUUCUUUUUUUUAAGUUUGUUUAUUUUGAGGGACAGAGAGAGAGAGAGAGAGAGAAUCUCAAGCAGGCUUGAUGCUGUUAGCACUGAGCCCAACACGGGGCUCCGUCCCACGAACUGUGAGAUCAUUACCUGGGCCAAGAUCAAGAGUUGGAUGCUUAACCAACUGAGCCACCCAGGCUCAGAUGUUGUUCUAAGUGGAAGAGUCACAGACAGAACAAAAACAGAACUUAGCAGUAAUUUUACCCAACCCUUUGGCCCUGCCACUAAUUUCCAGUGGCAUCUUGGGCAAGUUCCCUCACUCACUCUCUCUGACACCAUUUUCCCAUCUAUGAAAUGAAGGACUAGACGGAUCUGUUAAGGAUUCAUCUAGAUCUGACAUUCUGAAAGAGGAAAAAAAAUUAAUUUAUCUUUCAACCACGUGUGAAAAUCAAGGUGUUUGCCAUCAGCAAGACAUGCUAUUGCCCCGGAGAUACGUGCCUACCAGAAGUAGGGUAGGGAUACAAAUUUAUUUCUUAGCAAUCUGUCGUUACGGUAACUUCCCUACGUAGAAGCACAUCACCUUUCUUUUUCUUCUCCAAUAUCUUAAGUCCCCUUACAGCCAUUUAGGCUGAAGAGGCUGAGUGAUUUGUGUGAAGGAGAAGGAUUUCAUCAUGUGCAAGGACUAUCGACCUACUUAAAAAAAAAUACCUAGUUUGGGGAAGGGUUUUGAAAAAUAGACAAUCUUAUACUCUGCAGAUGGGGGUAUACAUUGUUAUGGCUUUUCUGAAGGGCAAUUUUACGACACCUAAGUCUUCAAAUGUGUAGCCCUCUGACCCAUUAAACCUGGGAAUUUAUCCUAAGAAUAUUUUGUGUUUGCAAAACUUUAUGCAAAAGGAGAGCUUGUAUUUUGAUAAUAGUAAAAAGUUGGAAACAAACAUCCAACGUUAGGUUACAUUAUGAUUUAUCCCAAAUAAAAUGGUAUGAUGCCCCCAAACAUUACAAAAAUUCACCUAUUGAUAUGCAAAUAUAUUUGUGGUUGAUCAGUAGGGAAAAGCUGUUUUAUUAAAAAUAGUA